UAGCAAACACGUUUUUUCUAAUUGUUUUGGAUUUUAGAUAAAAGUGCUUCUUCGCCUGCAGACGCCAAUGAGGAAUCUGUAUUUGCUGUUGCGGUAGACAUUGAAAAUAUUGCGCCUCCGAAAAAGCGAAAGAAAUGUGAGAAAUCUCAAGUAUGGAAGUUUUUUGAAAAAUGUAAAGAAAAAAACUUUGUGAAAUGCCUGGAACACAUCAAACAUGCAAGAGCAUUUAAAGCGUGCACAUCCGCUCAAAAUCGUUGAACAAAAAUCGCAGACGAUUGAUAAAUUUAUUGAGCGCACAGAUGUAUAUGAACCCUCGUCAUCUAGAAAGGCGUACCUAGACAAAAAACUGGCCGAAAUGGUUGCAAGCGACUUGCACCUCAAAAUACAAGCCCACUGGAUUAUUGGAAGAUUAACUCCAUUCAAUUCGAAUCAUUUGCAAAAUGUGCAAAAAAAAAUACUGAUCAUUCCUGCUAGCUCUACGGAGACUGAACGUAUUUUCAGCAAGGCAGGAGAAAUUACUGCGCACAAACUGAGCAGUCUAAAGCCAAAAGCUGUCGAUAUGCUAAUUUUCUUAAAGCACAAUAAUUGGCUACAUAAUGGAUCUCACGAUAAUUAAUUUCAGUUUUAAGCUCAAGACUUGUGAAAAAUAGUCAAGCUUUCUUUUUUAAUUUUAAGUUACAUUUUAAGACUUGUUAAUUA